CCAGUGAAGGUUUUAAUGGUAGGCGCUCAAUCACCACUGUUUUCAGUGGUGUGGUCCACCUGAAAUUUGGAUCUGCCUCUGUUUUUUCCUAAUGUCCUAAAAUAAUAUGGCAAAAUGGAUGAACCGCACGGAUAAAUCACACAGAUCAUGGUGGGGUCCACAGUCGGUACCAAAGGGUCACUCACGAAUCCGUAAACCGUAAACCCUAAACCCCAUCUCUCAGUCAUAUCUCUCAAACUUUCUGAAACUCUGUCAAAUUUUGGAAUGCCCUUGCUGGAUCUUGACGAUUCAAGAGUAAAAAAAUUCAGGUUGGUGUUGAGAGGACUUGGUCAGCAAAAUGAAGCUGAAAAUAGUUUGUAGGAAAGUAUACGAUUAUGUUCGCUAUGAUCUAAAGGAGAUUUCUUUUCCAUCGUCUUUACCUGACCCUCCUCAUAUUAAGAAGCGAAGAAAGUUGACUUGGAAAGAACGCUUCAAUGUGUUGAAGAAGGCAUGUAGGCUCUAUGCAGCAAGCUGGGUACGCGACAUUGGUCCUGAUCUUCGACCAAAUGAUUACAAGAAGGAUGAAGGGAGUGAAGAUAAACCUGUUGACACAAAUGCAACAAACGACAAAAAGGAACCAUCAACAUUGGAAGAUCUUGCGGUGGCAGCGAGAGGUGGAAUGGAGACCCUAAGGCCUGCUCUGCAGCGAGUAUAUAUGACAAGAGCAUCUGCCUAUAGAGAUGCACUCAAAAGCUUUAUUCAAGGAUAUCAAGAAGGAAUACAGCAGGUCAUGGCAAGGAAGGAAGAUACUCAAUUGAAGCAGAAGGAAGACAGUCCACAAAAGAAGGAAGACAAUCCACAAAAAUCAAUUUGAUUUUCUCUUGUAUUCUCAAAGCGAUGAGAGUCAACCAAAAACAUAUUCAUAUCUUAGAUAAUUUAUAGAAACAACGAUUUGCAUGUCAUUCCUUAGUUUUUGAAAGAGGGUUUUUAGAGGUAAGCUUUUCUUGCAAGUGGAAGCAUGAAAACUCUGAUUUUCAUA